UUCCCUCCACUCCAGAAGGGGCGCUGUUGAAUUAAGAGCGUUCCAGUAAAGCAGAGAAGCAGCAGAUACAGUGCUGUUGGAUGGAGAGAAACAGGAGCUUCUGCUGAAGAAGUUAAUGGAAACUCUCUUGCAACAUAUCUUCUGCUUCUUGUGUCCACUUUCCUUCACUGAUGGAAUUAAAUGAGGUUAAAUUUGAGAAUUUAACCUCAGGAAGAAGCUCCAGUCCUACUGAAACUUCUCAUCACUGCUCAGACUGUGAGAAGAGCUUCAAAACAAAGAGAUUACUUCAACGACACCAACGUAUUCAUACCGGAGAGAAACCGUACCUCUGUUCUGAGUGCGGGAAGAGUUUUACUCAAUUGACUACUCUACAGUCACACCAGCGAAUUCAUACUGGAGAAAAGCCCCAUCAUUGUUUAGACUGUGGUAAGAGAUUUACCCAGUCUGGUCAUCUUCAACUCCACCAGCGAAUUCAUACCGGAGAGAAACCGUAUCACUGCUCUGAGUGCGGAACAAGUUUUCGGGAACAAAGUUCUCUCAGGAAACACCAGCAAAUUCAUACCGGACAGAAACCGUAUCAUUGUUUAGACUGUGGAAAGAGUUUUACAAGACCGGUCGGGCUUCAAACGCACCAGAGAAUUCAUACAGGAGAUAAACCGUUUCACUGCACCGAGUGCGGAAAGAGUUUUAAUCGCCGGAAUAACCUUCAACUCCACCAGAGAAUUCAUACUGGAGAGAAACCGUAUCACUGCUCAGAAUGUGGGAGGAGCUUCACUCAGCAGACGAGUCUGAGAGCACACCAGAGGAGUCAUACUGGAGAAACGCCGUAUCCCUGCCCCCAGUGUGGGCGGAGCUUCCGUUCCUACAAUAGUCUAAAAACGCACACUGAUGCGAUUCAUACCGCACUUAAACCGUAUCAGUGUUCAGACUGCGGGAAGAGUUUCCCUCAGCCCAGUCGACUCCAGCGACACCGGUUAACUCAUACCGGAGAGAAGCUCUAUAAUUGCCUGGAGUGUGGGAGGAGCUUCUCCCAGUCCAGUCAUCUCCAACUCCACCAACGAAUUCAUACUGGAGAGAAACCACAUCGCUGUUCAGACUGUGGAAAGAGUUUCAGGCAUUCAAAUACGCUAAAAAAACACAAAUGCAUCGAGAUGAAGACAAAAACUCAAGUGUUGGCUGUUUUACUAGAUUACACUACAUAAAUUUUACAUAUAUUUUUAGUUUCUAGAUGUUAAUUGUGUUUUCCUAAUUAUUUGUAUAAUUAUUUGUGCCUAAAAUGAAUAGUAAAAGAUUAUUAUUCCUCAUAAACUUUGCUUUUGUUGUGGCACAAUGAUGUUUGAAAUGUAUUUAUUUUUAUGAAUAUUUGAAAAUAUAUUUAGUGGUGAGUAUAGACUUUUCUUGUCUUUACGAUAUAACUUUACAUGCUUUAUUGCGGCGCAGUAAUAAACUCACAGACCAAUCACGUGUGCUGUAAGAUCACCAAACGCUCUGCUCAGCCAAUCAGAUCUGUGCAGAUGCAGGAGGGCGGAGCUUACACAGUUGAAGCAGUCAGAGAAUAAAGCGAGAAAGGCUGAUUUAAAUGGUGCACACCAGAAAAAGAUAUAAUUAAAAUACUGCAUUUACAAAAAACAUACUAACAGUUAUAUAUAAUAUUAAAUAAAAUAAAACUGCUGUUCUUAAACUAAGCUGAUAUUUUCAGCAAACGUUUCUCCAUAUAUUGUAGGACUUAUCGUUCAUGUAAUUACUAUCAUGACAGGCAGCCUAAAUCUAAUAUAAAUAAAAUCAAAUAGAAUAAAUAUAGAAUUUUGAGACAAAGUUGCCGUACAGAUGCACAUUAAUAGACUCAAUAAAAGUUUAAUUAUUCAGGGUGUUUCCAUUUGUUGUAUGAUAAGUUGAUACUUAUUGUGACAGGCCUAUUUAAAACAAUACAUAUUGUUAAAAUAUACUGAAUAGAAUGUGUAAUUUGUUUUUCAGUCUUUUAGUUGUUGAUGAUAUUAAUAAAACACUGACAGAACUACUAUAGGAUUCUUUAUUAUACAAGGAUAUACUCCUUCUAAUUUCACACUCCAAUGAUAUUAGAAUUACACAGAGCAAUCUAAAUUGAAUAUACCGGUAAGUAAAUUUGAAUACAGACAAUACGUAUAAAUAAAACCAUAUACAACAAGAUAACAUUAUGUUAAAUUUACCUAAAAUCAUUAUAAAAUAAAAUAAAUAAAUUCUGAUAUCAGAGAUUAACAUUGUUUUGGUGCAUUAUUUAACAAAAGGAUUUAACAUAUUUUUGCUGUAUGGAAGGCAGUGUGUUAAUAAUUGUACAAUGCUC